AUUUCCGCGCGGACGCCGCCAGAGGUUGAAGUGCAUCCCGGCUGGAGAACGCACACGCGCGGUCACGUACGUGCGUACGCGCUCGUGCACGCGCACCCGCUACUCGCCGUUUUUUUUUUUCGGACAUGUAGCGGCUGCCGCGGAGGAGGAUGGACGUCUAACAAGAGGACAGCUGUGGCCUGCCUGCCUCCCGCAGCGACAUCUGGCCCGCGGAGUCGCACCGACUGCCUCGGCGCGUUUCACCGCAGCGGCCGGCUCGCACACAGCAGAAGCAGCGUCGAGGUGCGGGAGAUGGAAGAAGGAGAGGGGCCGAGUGGCUGCAGCCUCCCACCCAACACCACCACCACCACCACCACCAACCUACUGGCGUCUGUCAAAGAGCAGGAGCUGCAGUUUGAGCGGCUGACGCGGGAGUUGGAGGAAGAGCGUCAGAUGGUGGCGAGCCAGCUGGAGCGCUGCAUGCUGGAAGCUGAGUCGCCAGCUGCAGACAGCAGUAGCUCGUCUGAGAAGUCGUUUGCUUGGAUGACUGCCGAAGGAGACUCCCAGGGCGGCGCCAUACCUGGAUGUCAAGCUGGGCGCCAAGGGGCCGAGGAGGGCCAGUACCUGCCUGAAGUGGACCGUGCAUCUCUGCAUGACAGUGAGGGCUCGGGCGGCCACUCGGCUCACGUGACCUCCUAUUCAGACAGCGGCUAUCAGGACAGCAGCGUCAGUUACUACAGCAACCAGAAUGUUGUGCGUUCGGAGCCCCGUGCGUCUCUGUCAAGAAGCCCGAGAGCUGAGGGUCAAGCAUCAGGGCAGCCAUCUGGUCGGGUCCUACGACGGAUGACAUCCCUACCCUCCAGGAGUCAGUCUCCCGGCUGCGCCACAGCCGGCACGGUCUCGCCUUCUCGCAUCUCCCUGCGAACGUCCCAGGGCAGCACCUACGACUCACCUAUCCUCUCGGAGCCCAAACCGCUGGCCGCCGUCUUCCCUGGGACCACCAUGCCACCCUCCUGUCCGUCGCCUUCUUCCCCAGCUGACGGCACGCAGGCCUUGGGUGGCAUGGGAGUGGGCGCCGGGGUCCGUCUGGGCUCCACUCUGUCCCUCAUAGAGGGGAGGGGCAUGUCGGGGUCACCGCUGCGCUCUGGAAUGACCGCCGUGCCCCAACAUUACGGCUCCACACUGCCCAGGCAGAGCCAGUCUCUGGCCUACGGAGCAGACCCAUACGGCCUGUACCAGAGGAGCGCCCUGCCCCGCCCUGACAGCCUCAUAGGCCUUCACAGCACCUACGCCUCUCAGUCAGGACAAAUCGACCCCGAUCUGAGAGCGGCGUUGUCUCCUGAUUGUCACAUGACGCCAGUGUUUGACGAGCACACCUUCCACAGCCCGCUGUACCACAGCCCCUCUCACGACCUGCAGGGCUCCCUGUAUGGGACAGGCGCAGCUGUGGGGACCCUCCCUCGCACCACAAGCCACUGCAGCACGCUGCCGUACCAAAGAAGCAACUACGGACUGAAUAACGCCACCGUGUACGUCGAUUCCUUCAGGGUCCCCGGCGACUCCGUUUUCUCUCACCGGCACUCUAAUCUGGUUGAGCGGAUGGUCACCCGCACGCCAUCCAUAGAGAGCAUCCACAAAGACCCCAGGGAGUUUGCGUGGCGAGACCCCGAGCUGCCGGAGGUCAUCCAUAUGCUGCAGCACCACUUCCCCUCCGUGCAGUGCAACGCCGCCGCUUAUUUGCAGCACCUGUGCUUUGGAGACAACAGGACCAAAGUGGAGGUGUGUCACCUGGGGGGUAUCCAGCACCUGGUAGAUUUGCUGGACAACAAGGCAGGGGAGGUGCAAAAGAGCGCCUGCGGGGCCUUAAGGAACCUUGUGUAUGGAAAAGCCACGGACAACAACAAAGUGGCGCUGAGGAACUGUGGUGGUGUUCCUGCGCUGCUGCGACUCCUCAGAAAGACAACAGACAAUGAAGUCCGUGAGCUGGUGACUGGUGUCCUGUGGAACCUGUCCUCCUGCGAUGCAGUGAAGAUGACCAUCAUACGUGACGCCAUGGCCACACUGACCAACACAGUGGUCAUCCCCCACUCAGGGUGGAGCAGCCUGUCACACCGUGAUGAACACAAGGUCAAGUUCCAGUCCUCCCUGCUGCUGCGAAACACUACUGGCUGUCUCAGGAACCUGAGCUCUGCUGGCGAGGAGGCGAGGAGUCAGCUGCGCUGCUGUGAGGGUCUGGUGGACUCGCUGCUUCACAUCCUUAAAGCCUGCGUGAACACCUCCGACUACGACAGCAAGAUUGUGGAGAACAGUGUGUGUGCACUGAGGAACCUCUCCUACCGGCUAGAGGUGGAAAUGCCUUCCUCUCGUCUCCUUGGCAACCAGGAGCUGGACACUCUCCUGGGAUUCUCCUCCCCGGCCAAGGAGCUGGACUACAUCUGCUGGGGCAAGAGGAGGCGCGGGAGGAAGAGGAGCAGCUGGCAAGAUGAAAAAUGGGACGGCAUGGGGCCCAUUCCAGGGUUUUCCCAGCCUCUGAGGGGCGCCGAGCUGCUGUGGCACCCGAUGGUGGUGAAGCCAUACCUCAACUUGCUCGCUGAGAGCUCCAACUCCGCCACGCUAGAAGGGGCUGCUGGAUCGCUGCAGAACUUGUCUGCCGGAAACUGGAAGUUCUCGGCCUACAUCCGAGCAGCAGUGCGCAAGGAAAAAGGUUUGCCCAUUCUGGUGGAGCUGCUGAGGAUGGACAACGACCGCGUGGUCUGCUCCGUGGCCACCGCCCUCCGCAACAUGGCGCUCGAUGGCCGCAACAAGGAGCUAAUAGGAAAGUACGCCAUGCGGGAUCUGAUCAACCGGCUGCCCGGCGGGAAUCCGUCAGUGCUGUCGGAUGACACGGUGGCGUCCGUCUGCUGCACGCUGCACGAGGUCACCAGUUGCAACAUGGAGAACGCCAAAGCGCUGGCCGACAGCGGCGGCAUAGAGAAGCUGGUGGAUAUUAGCAAAGGCCGGGGCAAAGGGUUCUCUAUGAAGGUCAUGAAAGCAGCAGCUCAGGUGUUGAACACGUUGUGGCAGUACAGAGAGCUGAGGAUGCUCUACAAGCAGGACGGAUGGAACUACACCCAUUUUGUCACACCGGUCUCCACUUUGGAGCGAGAACAUUACCGUUCGCAGCCGACGCUCCCCACCAGUCCCAUUCACAUGUCCCCCGCCAUCCAGUCAGGUGGGAGCGCUACGUCCUCACCAGCGAUGCUCGGGUUCAGGAGACACAGCUCAAACUACCCGAGAGCGCAGUCGUCUAUGCAACUGGACACAUACUAUGGAGACAACAGUUUACACAAACGUCAGUACACAGGGUCAGACAAGACGACACCUUAUUUCAUCGACACAUACUGCUCACAGUCUGGAGACAAGCUGAGAAGGUCCCAGCACCCGGAGCAGUUCUACGACGAACCCGACAGGAAGAACUACAACAGACUAUACUUGUCGUCCCCGCACGGUUACGGCGUGGAGCACUUGGACGGCGAGCCGGUCCACCUGACCCCGUCCUCUCCUGACGGCUACAACGGCCAGGCGCUCCAGUUUAAAGCCAACACCAACUACGUGGACUUCUACUCCACCACGCGCAGGCCUUCAAACAGGGCCAACAAGUUUACCGGCUCCCCCGACUCCUGGGUGUAAAAAAACAACAAAGUGUUUGUCCGUGCGCCAAAAACUGUGUGCACCUUUUGGUGUUGAACUCGUGCUGAAAGGUCAGGGCUGGUCUUCCUUCAUGCAGCUUUGAAUACAAACCAAAACGGCGUCUUGUCUCGUGACCUUUUAAGAGAAAUGGCGAGGACGCAGAGAGAUGCUGAGUCAGUGAGCAACUGACUGAACAAAAUGCUGAUUUCAUCAAAAGGUGCCAAAGACGGGAGGUCAAAGGUGUUUUAGUAAGCCGAGCCCUGACUUUAGUGUUUGUCUAAUGCCAUCCUUUAUCUCUGGGGUACAAGUGUGCCUAUUUGUUGGCUUCAUCACGUGAAUACGUCACACUUAGAAUCACCAGAAGGGACACGGACGCCACAAACUGGAUCAGCGUACCGUAUUUUUCGGACUAUAAGUCGCAGUUUUUUUUUUCAUAGUUUGGCCGGGGGUGCGACUUAUACUCAGGAGCGACUUAUGUGUGAAAUUAUUAACACGUUACCGUAAAAUAUCAAAUAAUAUUAUUUAGCUCAUUCACGUAAGAGACUAGAUCAGUGGUUCUUAACCUGGGUUCGAUGGAACCCUAGGGGUUAAGUGAGUCGGGCUCAAGGGUCAAGACACACCCGACUCAUCGUGUAAAUAAAAACUUCACCCUAUACCAGGGGUCGGCAACCCGCGGCUGCGGAGCCGCAUGCGCCUCUUUGAUCACUCUGAUGCGGCUCAGCUGCAUACUUGCUGACCCCCCCGAUUUUCCCGGGAGACUUGCGGAUUUCAGUGCCUCUAUCCGAUUUUUACCCUUACAGUAAUAAUAAGGGCGUGCCAUGAUGGUACAGCAUUUAGCACCCUCUACAAUCUGUAUAAACGGCAUGUCACCCCAGCCUCUUGUUAUAUGCAUCUUCUGCUUGC